UGUUUUAACCUUAGCAUGCCCUUUCUUUCUUCUUCUUCAUGCCAAUCCCAAACCCUUCCAACAAAAUGUUUCUUGCCAGAAAACCUCCCCUCUUUCCUCCACAAAUUCCAUCAAACUGCUACUAAGUUCAGGUGUAUUCCAAGAAUCACUGUUUCUGCUUCCCUUAACGCCAUAGCUGCUGCUGCUGCUGCUGCCUCGGGCUCUGGUGCCACUGUCCAUGGGGCUGUCACUUCUGCCAUCACCCAAGUGGCUGUUACUGCCGUUGCUAUUGCCUCUGGGGCUUGUCUCUCCACCAAGGUGGACUUUUUAUGGCCCAAAGUGGAGGAGCAGCCAGGUUCUUUUACAGUGGAAGGAAUUGAUGUGACUGGCUAUCCUAUAUUUAAUAAGGCAAAGGUGCAAAAGGCUAUUGCAUUUGCGAAAAGAGCUCACAAUGGGCAGUUUCGGAAAACAGGAGACCCUUAUCUAUCACAUUGUGUUCACACAGGAAGAAUAUUAGCCAUGUUGGUUCCAUCAAGUGGCCACGGUUUGCUGCAGGCUGUUGAUACUGUUGUGGCUGGGAUACUACAUGAUGUUGUUGAUGACACACGUGAAAGUUUGCUCAGCAUAGAAGCAGAGUUUGGCGAUGAUGUGGCAAGGUUGGUAGCUGGUGUGUCUAGACUAAGUUACAUAAAUCAGCUUCUACGGAGACAUCGCAGGAUAAAUGUGAACCAGGGUACCCUUGGUCAUGAAGAGGCAAAUAAUCUGCGAGUUAUGCUCUUGGGAAUGGUUGAUGAUCCACGCGUGGUACUUAUCAAGCUGGCAGACCGUCUUCACAAUAUGAGAACCAUUUAUGCCCUACCACUAGCAAAGGCUCAAGCUGUCGCUCAAGAAACCUUACUUAUUUGGUGUUCCCUAGCUUCCAGAUUAGGUCUGUGGGCACUGAAAGCAGAGCUGGAAGAUCUAUGUUUUGCUGUUCUUCAGCCUCAAAUUUUUAGGAAGCUGCGGGCUGAUCUGGCUUCAAUGUGGAGCACCAGCAAUAAAGGAGCAUAUCCUAGAAGAAUAUCUGCAAAAGCCAGUUGGUCCUCUUUGGAGGAAAAUGAUUCAGCUCUUGAUGAUGAAGCUUUCAUGAAUGAUGAAGAUAUCACUAGCAUAAAGGAUCUUUUGGAAGCAGUGGUGCCUUUUGACAUCUUAUUGGAUAGGAGAAAACAGACUAACUUUCUUAAUAAUCUUCGAAAAAGUUCAGAGGAUAAACCAAAACCGAAGGUUGUGCGGGAUGCAGGAAUUGCUUUGGCAUCUCUUGUAGUUUGUGAGGAGGCACUUGAGAGGGAGUUGUUUAUAUCAAUUUCUUAUGUUCCAGGGAUGGAGGUUACUUUAUCUAGCCGAUUAAAAAGUUUGUAUAGUAUCUACAGCAAGAUGAAAAGAAAAGAUGUUGGCAUCAAUAAGAUAUAUGAUGCACGAGCAUUGAGGGUUGUUGUCGGAGACAAGAAUGGAACCCUACACGGACCUGCAGUUCAAUGUUGCUACAGUCUUCUCAACAUUGUACACAGGCUUUGGACUCCCAUUGAUGGUGAAUUUGAUGAUUACAUUGUUAAUCCAAAGCCCAGUGGCUAUCAGUCUCUGCACACUGCAGUACAAGGCCCUGAUGCCUCACCUUUGGAAGUUCAGAUUAGAACACAGAGAAUGCAUGAAUAUGCUGAGCAUGGACUUGCUGCCCACUGGCUUUAUAAAGAAAAUGGAAAUGAAUUACCCUCAUUGAGCAGCUUGGAUGAAUCUGAAAUAGAAGAAUCAUCCUAUCUCCCCAAAGAUCUGGAUGAUCAAAAUUCCAUGGACGAUGAUUCGUUUCUGAAGUAUAGAUCCCUGAAAGUGGGACAUCCAGUCCUUCGAGUAGAAGGAAGUAACCUACUUGCUGCAGUUAUAAUCAAACUAGAUAAGGAGGGGACAGAGUUGCUCGUUGCUGUGAGCUUUGGAUUGGCAGCUUCUGAAGCAGUAGCUGACAGAAGGUCUUCCUUCCAAAUAAAGAGAUGGGAAGCUUAUGCAAGGUUAUUCAAAAAGGUUUCAGAUGAGUGGUGGUGUGAACCAGGACAUGGGGAUUGGUGUACUUGUUUGGAGAAAUAUACACUUUGUCGAGAUGGUAUAUAUCACAAGCAAGACCAAUUUGAACGCCUUUUGCCAACUUUCAUCCAAGUGAUCGAUUUGACAGAGCAAGAAGAAUCUGAAUAUUGGGCUGUUAUGUCUGCUGUUUUUGAAGGCAAACCAGUUGAAUCCGUUGCAUCUAGGCCCGACCUAAAAUAUGUUGCUUCAAAUUCAUUUGAAGCUAGCAUCAACCGCAAGGUGCGUUUGUUGAGGACAAUGCUUCAGUGGGAAGAGCAACUACGUUUGGAAUCAAGUUUUGGAAGACAAGAGGGUGGUGCAAAAUGUAGUGUUAACCCUGAUUCUGUUGUCCUUGGGGAGGUUGUCAUUAUAUGUUGGCCCCAUGGUGACAUAAUGCGAUUGAGAACUGGCAGCACUGCUGCAGAUGCUGCAAGAAGAGCAGGACUAGAGGGAAAGCUAGUUCUAGUUAACGGUCAACUGGUAUUGCCUAGCACAGAGCUCAAAGAUGGUGACGUUGUAGAAGUAAGAUUGUAAAUAUCAGAACAUAACUGAUUUGUAUAUAUCAUAGGGUAAAAUAGAAAUCAUUGCAAUUCAAUUUGUCAAAUCUGAAUGAUCAUGCGGGUGAGUGGGGUUGACGUAUGCAGGGCAUGAUGGUCUGUAAUUGGAUUCCAUAGACAUUCAAUGUAAAUACUGAAAAUUGUUGAGCAUGAAUGAAUGGGAAAUUUUCUCUCCUUC